UUACACGAAAAAUGCAAGAACUUGAGUGUUGACUCAAUCACAUUCAUGUGUCCGCAAUUGAUUUCAGCAACUACAUUGUUGGCAAGUUCGGAGAACAUAGAUGAAGCAUGUGAAUACAUGGCAAGGGUAAUGAAAGCAGCUUCCGAAAACAAUCAAAAGAUCCUAGCCCCAUAUCAUCAGAACAAUCAUUGGGUGCUUCUUGUGAUUUACCCUACCAUAAAUACGGUUCACGUAUUUGAUUCAAUUAAGAAGAAACGCAGCCUAGCAAUAAGAGUGGUAUUGGAUAGUGCCUUCGAAACUUACAAGGCAUAUGGUGGGAAAAGUAAAGGUCCACAAUUACAAUGGGGUGCUGCUGUGUGUGCUCAACAGGAUGGGGGUACUGAGUGCGGGUAUUUUACUUCAAGGUUCAUGUAUGACAUAGUCCACUCAUAUAGUGGAAGUGAAAAUCUAUUCAAGGUACGAAUUUUUUUAAAUAAAUUUAAGUUAAUGAUCUCUAUAGAUAUUAUAUAUGUUAACAUUGUUUUUUUUCUCUUUCCAGGAUUUUAAGGUGUCUAAACC